AAUAAAAGACACGUGUCAAACACAAAACAUCUCGUGGAACUUGAACAGAACACAUUAUUGUUCAGACUUCCGCUCGAGCGGAAGUAGGAAUGUACGUGAAGCCCCUGAACGCGGCAUUUCACCAGCACUCCGGCUGAGAGCGAACGAGAUGCAGACCAUAAAGUGUGUGGUGGUGGGAGACGGUGCAGUGGGGAAAACCUGCCUGCUCAUCUCUUAUACAACCAACAAGUUUCCCUCUGAAUACGUGCCCACGGUUUUUGACAACUAUGCUGUGACAGUGAUGAUCGGCGGGGAACCCUACACUCUAGGCCUUUUUGACACUGCAGGUCAGGAGGACUACGACAGACUGCGGCCGCUUAGCUACCCUCAGACAGACGUGUUCCUCGUCUGUUUCUCCGUAGUAUCUCCUUCAUCCUUUGAGAACGUCAGAGAAAAGUGGGUGCCAGAGAUCUCUCACCACUGUCCACGGACGCCCUUCCUGCUGGUGGGGACUCAGGUGGAUCUGAGAGACGACUCCAACACUCUGGAGAAGCUGGCGAAGAACAAGCAGCGAGCUCUGGCCUGUGAGAGCGGGGAGAAACUGGCUCGGGAGCUCAAAGCCGUCAAAUACGUGGAGUGCUCAGCUCUCACUCAGAGAGGUCUGAAGAACGUCUUCGAUGAGGCCAUCCUCGCAGCUCUGGAGCCUCCAGACACCAAACCCAAAAAGCGCUGUGUCCUCCUAUAGACGCCACGAGGAGGAAGAGGAAGUGAACACGGAAGACAUACAUGUUCACAUGAAGAGAGGGAUCGUGAGGGGGAGGGUGGGGGAGGACGGCGUGUUAAAGCUGUGCCUUUAACCUCAGUGGCUUAACUGGAGGGUGACAUUGGAAUGAGCCGUGGCUUCGUUUUUCCUAAUAGAUGCAUGUCGCCCCAAUCCGACUAACACAUUUAAACACUCCUCUCUGAGCAGGAAACGGGGUCUUAAUAAUGGCAGGAAGCAGGCUGAGCGAUGGGAAGAGUUCAACCUCAGAUGCCUUAAAGAUGCAAACAAUCGCAGGAUUCACAUUUACAGUUGAAGCUGGAAACCAAUUCUUGUUUUUUCCAGAAAUAAUUGUUAUAUAAUUUAGUUUUAUUUUCAAGAUUUCCAACCUGUUUUUUCUGUGAGGAAAUCCACAAAAAAAAAACUUCCUCUUUGAACUUAAAUUCUUCGCACACAUAGAUAAAAUCUUAAACGUGUUUAUGAAGUUAAAAAUUGUAGGAUGAUGUUGGAAAAUAAAGUGAUAGAAAAUCAUGGCAUUGAUUCUUAUUGUUAAUAUAACCCUUAAAUCUUUAACAGCAGGUGGUGUUUAAAAUCAUGCAGACAGAAAUUAAGUAUUUGAGCAUUUAUUACUCUAGAAUUUAGAGUUGUAUACUUAAAAACUAUCAAUCCACAGUCAGAUUUGACCUAAAGUCCUGCAGAACAGGGAUCCUGACUGUUCUCUCACAGUGAGCCUACACUGUUAGACGAUGACGCAACUCAACAUCCAACUCAAGUCUUUCAGAAAAGUUUUUCUGUUCUGCUGUUUAAAAAAAAAGCCUUAAAUAAAACUGCCUCCUGAAGCUGAUCCAGUCCAACUCUCAGUCCUCUCAGCAAACUGCUCGUUUUUUAUUUUGUAAUAUGAAAAUGUUUCAUUAGUUCAGCCCAGUCAUUUAAGGACUCUUCACCUUCUGUGAAGAUGUGGUUGAACGGUUUGACACAAACUUCUUCUCUCUGCUCUCAUUGAGGGCUACCACUGAUUCUGAGCCUUCUGAAGCCUUAAUAUAAAACCCAUUGUUGGUUUCAUGAAUGCCCUUUAAGAAGCCUCUGUUUUUACUACAAGAAUCCUGGUCCUUCUUUAAUGAAAUCUCAUUUUCCACCUUUACCUGAGCGUUUGCCACUGAAUGUGCUGAGCUGCCUUUCUUCCAGUUUGACCUGCUGUUGCCAUUUUUCCCCCCUUAUGAUGUAUAGAUGAAUAUAAGUAUUAUUUAGAACAUAGAAAUUUUUCCUUUUUGUUGUUUCUUUGGGGAAAUUAUUAUUGCAGAAGUUUAAACGUUUUUAUCUCUUUCUAUUUUAGUGGCAAUAGAGGAAAUUUUACCAGUUUGGUUUAAAAACUAAAAGAUCCUGAUAAGCUCUUUACGGCAGAAUUUAAAGAUAUAUUUUGAAAGAUAAUGUUGGAAAUGGUGGGUGUCUGAAAAUAAUAAAAAGAAAUGCACUUGAA